GGGUCAAGAGCUUUAUUCGUGCCCCACUCGCUGCCCAACAAUAAAGACUCUGGGUUGGUCCUGACAGGUUUGUUUCAGUGCAGAGCGAAGCCGAAGCCGGAGCCAUGGAUGACGUGUAUAAAGCAGCGGUGGAGAACCUGACAGAGGAGCAGAAAAAUGAAUUCAAGGCCGCCUUUGAUAUCUUCAUCCAGGAUGCAGAAGACGGCUGCAUCAGCACCAAAGAGCUGGGAAAAGUGAUGAGGAUGCUGGGACAGAACCCCACCCCAGAGGAGCUGCAGGAGAUGAUCGAUGAGGUGGAUGAGGACGGGAGCGGCACAGUUGACUUCGAUGAGUUCUUGGUUAUGAUGGUUCGCUGCAUGAAGGAGGAGAGCAAAGGGAAGUCAGAAGAGGAGUUGGCCGAACUCUUUCGCAUGUUUGACAAGAACGGAGACGGCUACAUAGAUUUGGAGGAACUGAAGACCAUGCUGGAGUCGACCGGAGAAACCAUCACCGAGGACGACAUUGAGGAGCUGAUGAAGGACGGCGACAAGAACAACGAUGGCAAAAUUGACUACGACGAGUUCCUGGAGUUCAUGAAAGGUGUUGAAUAGAGUUUUCAGCUGCCUAUCACCCCUUCACCUUCCUGAAGACACGUCUCCACCUUCUGGCCGCUUUAAUCAACACUAGAAAUAACGUAAAAGAUUUCGUCCAUCGUUUCAGGGCUUUUGUUUCAGUCAAUCUUCAUCCACCCACAACCUUCAUCAUUUGAACGUGAUGGACCUGCACUGAGCUGUAUGUCGCUAAACACGCUCAAAGAAAACAGAGUAAUGUAAUUAUUGUUUCUACCAACAGGCCUGUUUGUCCCAGCUGAUGGCAGCCCUGCAUCAUUUAAAGGGUUACAAGAAAAUUAAACCAUGUCACUGAAAAAGUCUUUAUCUAGUAAAGUGGCUGUAGACCUGAUUUAGAGGAAUGAAAUGUAAAUUAAGCAAUAUGUAAUUAAGCUAUAAAAUACAUUAAAUUCAUAGUUGUUUCA